GCCCCACCUCCCUGCGGUUAGGACUUGAUGAGAAUCGCUUCCUCCGCUUCCUCCGGGUUCACCCUUAGCGCAAGCCUCUUGGGAGGGGAUCUGGGGAGGUGGACCGCGCUCCAGAGGGCUAGUCUCUCCUCCUGGGCUCUGGUCUGGAGUGGGGGACCAGGCGGACUGCGCUCUCUGGAGCCGUGACGCGGAGCACGCUGCGGGGGCCCCGUGGGGCCAGGGCUGCGGUCCUGCUCAGCGGCGGCGGCGGCGCGAGUGACGCGGGAGCGCUGGCCUCUCUCAGCGGGCCCCCUGGCUUCGAAAGCCAGAGAGAAGCUUAUUUUGAGGUAGCAGGACCAAGCCCGUCCUGCGGAGCCUGAGCCGGGCAUCAGGAUGGAGUCACUGGUGAAGAGGCGUCAUGAUCAGGCCAGCUCCAGGGAGGAAGACGGCUUUGGGGGGCAGCCCAGGAGGGUGGCCAACCUGGCCAUGGUCCCCAACCUCCGGCAGAACAGCACCAGCCUCUGCAGGAGCAGGAGGCCGCAGUGUCUCUUCAGCAGCUGUGAAAAGCAAGAAAACCUGAGUUCAUGGAUUCCUGACAACAUUAAGAAGAAAGAAUGCAUAUACUUUGUGGAAAGCUCCAAACUGUCUGACGCUGGGAAGGUGGUGUGUGAGUGCGGCUACCCACGUGAGAAGCACCUGGAGGAGGCCACGUGGCCCCACACCUUCCAGGGCCAGGAGUGGGACCCGAAAAAACAUGUCAGAGAGAUGCCAACAGACGCCUUCGGUGACAUCGUCUUCACGGGCUUGGGCCAGAAAGCGGGAAAGUACGUCCGCCUCUCCCAGGACACUCCCUCCAGCCUGAUUUACCAGCUCAUGACCCAGCAAUGGGGCCUGGAUGCGCCCAACCUGCUCAUCUCCGUGACUGGCGGGGCCAAGGACUUCAACAUGAAGCCCAGGCUAAAGAGCGUUUUCCGAAGAGGACUCCUCAAGGUGGCCCAGACCUCAGGGGCCUGGGUCAUCACCGGGGGGUCCCACACUGGCGUGAUGAAGCAGGUGGGCGAGGCGGUGCGGCAGCUGAGUGGCAGCUUCUGCGAAAAGGAAGUGGUCACCAUCGGGAUCGCCACGUGGGGCGCCCUGCACAACCGGGAGAGCCUGAUCCACCCCAUGGGCGGCUUCCCUGCCGAGUACAUCAUGGAUGAGGGAGGCCAAGGGAACCUGACCUGCCUGGACAGCAACCACUCCCACUUCAUCCUUGUGGACGACGGGACCCACGGCCGCUAUGGGGUCGAGAUUCCCCUGAGGACAAACCUGGAGAAGUUCAUAUCGCAGCAGACCAAGGAGAAGGGAGGUGUGGCUAUCAAGAUCCCAAUUGUCUGCGUGGUGCUGGAAGGGGGCCCCGGCACACUGAAUACCAUCUACAAUGCUAUCACCAACGGCACCCCCUGCGUGGUUGUGGAGGGCUCGGGCCGUGUGGCUGACGUCAUCGCGCAGGUAGCCGGCCUGCCCAUCUCUGAGAUCACGAUCUCCCUGAUUCAGCAGAAGCUGAGCUUGUUCUUCCAGGGGAUGUUUGAGACCUUCACUGAAAGUAAGAUCGUGGAGUGGACCAAAAAGAUUCAAGACAUCGUCCGGAGGCGGCAGCUGCUCACUGUGUUCCGGGAAGGGAAGGACGGCCAGCAGGACGUGGACGUGGCCAUUCUGCAGGCCUUGCUGAAAGCUUCUCGGAGCCUUGACCACUUUGGCCAUGAGAACUGGGACCAUCAGCUGAAGCUGGCGGUGGCGUGGAACCGCGUGGACAUUGCCCAGAGUGAGAUCUUCACUGAUGAGCGACAGUGGAAGCCCUCAGAGCUGUACCCCAUGAUGGUGGCUGCCCUCAUCACCAAUAAGCCGGAGUUUGUGAAGCUCUUCCUGGAGAACGGGGUGCAGUUGAAGGAGUUCAUCUCCCAGGCCACCCUGUUCUACCUGUACCAGAACCUGGAGCCCACCUGCCUGUUCCACUGCAAGCUGGACAAGGUGCUUGCUGGGGAGCCCGAGCGCCUGGACCCCAGCGUGCUCCUGCAGCAUGUGGCCCAGGUGCUCCGGGAGCUCCUCGGGGACUCCACGCAGCCGCUGUACUCUCGGCCCCGCUCCAGCAACCGGCAGCGCCUCCUCCCAGUGCCCAGCGUCAAAAUCAGUGUGCAGAGAGUGAGUCGCCAGUCCUUGUACAAGCGUUCAUCAGGCCAAGCUACCUUCACCAUAGAUCCGGUCCGGGAUCUUCUCAUUUGGGCCAUCGUGCAGAACCGCCGGGAGCUGGCAGAAAUCAUCUGGGCUCAGAGCCAGGACUGCAUCGCCGCAGCCUUGGCCUGCAGCAAGAUCCUAAAGGAGUUGUCCAAGGAGGAGGAGGACACGGACAGCUUGGAGGAGAUGCUGGCGCUCGCGGACGAGUAUGAACAGAGAGCCAUUGGGGUCUUCACUGAGUGCUACCGGAAGGAUGAGGAGAGGGCUCAGAAGCUGCUGGUCCGCGUGUCGGAGGCCUGGGGCAGGACCACCUGCCUGCAGCUGGCCCUGGAGGCCAAGGACAUGAAGUUCGUGUCUCACGGGGGCAUCCAGGCCUACCUGACCAAGGUGUGGUGGGGCCAGCUCGGCGUGGACAAUGGGCUCUGGCGCGUGGUGCUAUGCAUGUUGUUCUUCCCGCUGCUCUACACCGGCCUCGUCUCCUUCAGGAACAGGGGGCAGCAGGCGGAGGGGGGCCUGGCCCGCGUCCGCGCCUUCUUCAGCGCGCCCGUGGUCGUCUUCCACAUAAACAUCCUGUCCUACUUCGCCUUCCUCUGCCUGUUUGCCUACGUGCUCAUGGUGGACUUCCAGCCCCAGCCCUCCGGCUGCGAGAGCCUCAUCUACGUCUGGCUCUUCUCCCUGGUGUGCGAGGAGCUGCGGCAGCUCUUCUAUGACCCCGACGGGAGCGGGCUGCGGAAGGCGAUGCUCGUGUACUUCAGUGACUUCUGGAACAAGCUGGAUGUGUGCGCAAUCCUGCUGUUCAUUGCGGGGCUGACCUGCCGACUCGUGCCCUCGCUGCUGUACACCGGGCGCAUCAUCCUCUCCCUGGACUUCACCAUGUUCUGCCUGCGGCUCAUGCACAUCUUCACCAUCAGCAAGACGCUGGGGCCCAAGAUCAUCAUCGUGAAGCGGAUGAUGAAGGACGUCUUCUUCUUCCUCUUCCUGCUGGCCGUGUGGGUCGUGUCCUUCGGGGUGGCCAAGCAGGCCAUCCUCAUCCACAACGAGAGGCGGGUGGAGUGGAUCUUCCGGGGGGCCGUCUACCACUCGUAUCUCAUCAUCUUUGGGCAGCUCCCAACCUACAUCGACGGUGUGAAUUUCAGACCAGACCAGUGCAGCCCCAACGGCACGGACCCCUACAAGCCCAAGUGCCCCGAGAUCGACCAGGCGCGUCAGGAGCCCGUGUUCCCUGAGUGGCUGACUGUCCUCCUGCUCUGCCUCUACCUGCUCUUCGCCAACAUCCUGCUGCUCAACCUGCUCAUUGCCAUGUUCAACUACACCUUCCAGCAGGUGCAGGAGCGCACAGACCAGAUCUGGAAGUUCCAGCGCCACGACCUGAUCGAGGAGUACCAGAGCAGGCCCCCCGCGCCGCCCCCCUUCAUCCUCCUCAGCCACCUGCACCUCUUCAUCAAGAGGGUCGUGCUGAAGAUCCCUGCCAAGCGGCAUAAGCAGUUCAAGAACAAGCUAGAGAAGAACGAAGAGGCGGCCCUCCUGUCCUGGGAGAUCUACCUGAAGGAGAACUACCUGCAGGAACAGCAGUUCCAGCAGAAACAGAGGCCAGAGCAGAAGAUCCAGGACGUCAGUGACAAGGUGGACACCAUGGUGCGCCUGCUGGAAACAGCACGUCUGAAGCAGUCGGGCGCCGUGGAGCAGAGACUGGCCUCCCUGGAGGAGCAGGUGGCCCAGACAGCCACAGCAUUGCACUGGAUUGUGAAGGCCCUGAGGGACAGUGGCUUUGGCUCAGAAGAUGUCCCCACUCUGGCACCCCAGAAGGCCUCAGUGGGGCGGGACCCUGAGCUGGACAGCGGAUCGAAGGCAGAGGACCCAGGUGAUGCCUACCACGUGAAUGCCCGGCACCUGCUCUACCCGAGUUGCUCUGUCCUGAGAUUCCCGGUGCCCAACGAGAAGGUGCCCUGGGAAACGGAGUUCCUCGUGUACAACCCGCCCUUCUACACGGCUGACAGGAAGGACAAGGACCUGGUGGACCCCGUGGGGGAUGCCCUGGAACCUCUGUCCAGGAUCAGCUACAAUGUGGUGGACGGACCACUGGACCGGCGCAGCUUCCAUGGAGUCUACGCAGUGCGGGACGGGCUCCCUCUGAACCCCAUGGGUCGCACGGGACUGCGUGGCCGUGGGGACCUUAGCUACUUUGGCCCCAAUCACACGCUGCAGCCUGUGAUCACCCGCUGGAGGCGGAGCCUGGAUGGUGCCAUCUGCAGGAAGAACGUCAAGAAGAUGCUGGAGGUGCUGGUGGUGAAGCGUGGCCCCUCCGAGCACUGGAUGUUGCCUGGGGGCUCCCGGGAGCCAGGAGAGAUGCUGCCCCGGAAGCUAAAGCAGGUCCUGCGAAGAGAAUUCUGGUCUUCCUUUGAGAGCCUGCUGACUCAGGGCAUGGAGGUAUACAAAGGAUACAUGGAUGACCCCAGGAACACGGACAAUGCCUGGAUCGAGACGGUGGCCGUGAGCAUCCACUUCCCAGACCAGAGUGAUGUGGAGCUCAAGAGGCUGAACUCUCAUCUGCACUGUUAUGACGAGGGGAUGGCCAUUCGCUGGCAGGUGGUGGAUGAGCGCAUCUCCCUGUGUGACAACCACAAGGUCAUCCUCCAGAAAGUGGCCGCCUUGUUCGGGGCCUACUACUGACCAGAGACGCAGCCUGUGUGGCCCUGUGGGGGCCGGCGGGGCUGGUCCAUCUACGGCCCACUGGGAGUGUCUGCCCCUCAUGGCCAGCUCAUGAACUGGAGGCACUGGGGCGCUCUGGGAGGAGAGUUGAGCAGGGCACAGGUAGGCUCCGGCCAUGAGGCAGGGCCUCAGGGUCAAGGUGGACACUGGAACUCUGCCAGCCAACACUGCCUCUCCCAAGCCUGCUGGUGGCCUGUGGAUGCCCUCCUGGCCACAUCCUCUGAGCAGCACGUCCACCACCAGCGGUGCAUCUGCCCCAGGCCAGAGCUCCCUGGAGAGUCAGCGCUUCCUGUGGCCUCCUCCUCAGGCCCACGGCCCCAAGAGGGCCUCCACUGUGCCUGAACUCGGACCCUCACCUGGCCUGGGGCAGCCUGGGACUCCAGUUCACAUGUCAGGGCUGAGCCCCGUGGUGGGGCAGGAGGGCAAGCUCCCACCUCCUCCGGAGUUGCAGAGGUCUCUGCCUAUGUGCUGCUCCGGGUCCAGGCGGGGAGGAUGCAGAAACACCGGGGGUAGGACCUCUCCUGCACGUGGUGCCCCCUCCUCCCUCCUCCAGGGAGGAGUGGGUCAUGGGUGUGGACUGAGGGGCCCCCCAGGUUAGCAUCAGUAACUCACAGACCGUCUGCAGCCUUCGGAUGCUGUGCAAACCCCGCACCAAACCCGCCCUCCCCACCAGCGUCACUGGUCCCAUGUUUGUCCCUCAGAUGGAGUUGCAGACAUGAGCAGUGGUGGGGGAUUGUGUCUGAGUCACAAGACCUCUUCCAGCCAAAGUCAAGCUUCCCGGGGCCCAAGGGGAUCUCCCGUGGACACCCUACAGCCCCCAGUCCAAACUCAUGACUGCUCCUCCAAUCAACAACCUUCCCAACACACACACACACACCCCUCCCUUCCCUCUUCCUCAUUUUCCUAGGCCCCAGCUCCAGCCUCCAACCUGGGGCUCAGCCGCUCAUGCCUUCCCCUGCCCCUACCCUGCAGGUGCUCAGGCACUGUGGGGUACUUGUUUGUUUGUUUUUUAAAUCUAGAAUUACAGAUUCAGCCAAACUAGCGCUUUAGUGGCAGCACCAAAUAAAGACACUUAAAACUCAUAGAGAAAGUUA